AGAGGCCGGACACCGCAGCCGCCUCCAGGAAACCUGCGGGCCCGGAGGCUUACAGAUCUGCGCCCCUCUACUUUCACUUACUAUAAAAGCGGUGGUAACUUUGCAGAAAUCAUUCUGUUCCCUCAGACACUCAAACACAUCAACAUGUUCAAGCUCGUCGCUUUCGCCACCCUCCUGGCUGUUGCCAACGCUGGAUUCCUGUCUGCCCCCGCCGUGGCCUCUCCCCUGGCCUACGCCGCCCCUGCCUACACCCACGCCGCCUAUGCUGCCCCCGCCUACACCUCGUACGCCGCCCCCGCCUACGCUCCGGCCUACGCCGCCCACACCUAUGCCGCCCCCGCUGUCGUCAAGUCUCUUGCCCCCGUCGCCACCUCUUACGCUAACACCUACAAGGUCGCCGUGAAGGCCGCCCCCGUCGCCUACGCCGCUGCCCCCGCCUACGCCUCGUACGCCGCCCCCGCCUACGCUUCCUACGCCGCUCCCGCCGUCGCUUCCUACGCUGCCCCCGCUGUCGUUAAGACCGCUUAUGCUGCCCCCGCCUACGCUUCGUACGCCGCCCCCGCCUACGCUUCCUACGCCGCCCCCGCUGUCGUCAAGACCGCUUAUGCCGCCCCCGCCUACGCUUCGUACGCUGCCCCCGCCUACGGCGCCUUCGCUUUCGCCGCCCUCCUGGCCGUCGCCAACGCCGGAUUCCUGGGUGCCCCCGCCGUGGCCCCCUUGGCUUAUGCCGCCCCCGCUGCCUAUGCCGCCCCCAUCGCCACCUCUUACGCUAACACCUACAAGGUCGCCGUGAAGUCCCCCGUUGUUGCCGCCGCCCCCGUUGCCUACGCCGCUGCCCCCGUCGCCUAUGCCGCCCCCGCCUACGCUGGCUACGCCGCCCCCCUCGCCUACAAGGCCCCCGUCGCCUACUCCGGAUACGGAACCACCCUCAUCCACUAAGUCAGCAACAAACGGAGACACCCGACAAAUCCUAUACCUUUCGGAAGCCUCAAAACUGUGAUUCCUCCUCGGAACAAAUAAAUCUAAUAUAUUAUGUGUGAAAAGCAAA